AACCGCGCUACACGAUUCUAUAAACUGAACAAGUACAUCCUCAAUCAGUACUCGUUCGUUCAACUCAAGUUCACUUGUGAUUAGCAUUCGAAAGAAAGAAACCCAUCGUUUCUUCUUCGCUUCAACAAAUCUCAACGUUCGUAUUCAUCAGUUUUCUCCACUCAGGUUUGCUUCUUAACAAUUUUGUUUCUAUGGUUUUCAUGGGUGAUCGUCGAGAAUAUGUGUUCUCUUCAAUGAUGUUGUUCCCAGCGGACCUUUAUUGGUUCGAUUUUAAGGUUUUAUUCAAUUUAAAAUCCCUUUCUGUCAGCGAUAAGGUGAUUUGGGGUAAACUUUGGUUGAUCGAGGUUAAAUUAUUAAUCCAUUUCUGUCAACGGAUUUUGCCUCUUAUGUAGUGGAAAUUAUUAUUAUACUUUAUAAUUGGGUAUUAUAAAGUCUGGUAAUUGAGGGACUGUUCAUGUUCUAGGGUUUCUUUAUAAUCGGGUAUUAUAAAGUCUGGUAGUUAUGUUUUCGAAUGUUGUUGAUGGGAUACAGUGGCUUAUUUGGGAUGCUAUUGGAAUGUAGGUUGUGUUUUUUCUUCGAAUAUGAUGAAUAUGAAAGUUGGAAGGAGUAGAACUGAAAGAAUCAGUGGGACAACAUGCGCCUAUUGGCUCGCUGGGAGAUGCAACAGAAAUCCUUGUAGGUUUUUACACACUGAAACAUCAUACCCAUCCACUGCUUCUUAUCAUAAUGCAAGGAAGUUCCAUUCAUUCUCUAAGUUUGAGAAAUCGCGUCCUAAGCAUAAUCCUAAUACCAUCUUGAAUAGAAAUAGUGAAAAGACACAAGUCGCUGACAAGUCUUCACCAAGUAUCUGCAAAUAUUGGGUGAAUGGAAACUGUGUUCACGGUGAUCGGUGCCGGUAUUUACAUCGUUGGUCUUAUGGUGAUGGAUUUGCCACAUUAACAAAGCUUCAAGGACACAAGAAGCUCGUCACUGGAAUUGUACUUCCGGUUGGAUCAGACAAACUUUAUUCUGGCAGCACUGAUGGGACACUUAGGACAUGGGACUGCAAUUCUGGUCAAUGUACUAAUUUGAUGAAUCUUGGUGCUGAAGCUACCUCUUUGAUCAGUGAGGGUCCAUGGAUUUUUGUUGGUUUGACAAAAGCCGUCAUGGCAUGGAAUAUUCAAACUGCUUCACAUUUUACUCUUGAUGGACCUAAGGGGCGAAUCCUUGCCAUGACUGUUGGUAAUGAUACACUUUUUGCUGGAGCAGAGGAUGGCAUUAUAUCUGCAUGGAGAGGCAGCUCUACAGCUGAUUCCCCUUUUGAACUGGUUGCAUCACUAUGUGACCACACUAAAUCUGUGGUUUGCCUGGCUGUUGGAGGCGACAAGAUGUUGUGCUCGGGAUCUAAGGAUCAAAGCAUUAAGGUUUGGGACCUUGACACGUUAGAGUGUAAAAUGACACUCAAUGCACAUACAGAUGCAGUCACAUCCCUUAUAUGGUGGGACAAUUACUUACUAUCUGGUUCAUCUGACUGCACUAUCCAUGUCUGGGCGGCCACCGAAGAGAGAACUUUGAAAGUGAUAUAUUCGCACAAUGUAGAAAGUGAUGUUGUCGCACUAUCUGGGAUGGCUGAUCCAGAAGCUAAGCCUAUACUGCUCUGCUCUUGUACAGACAAUUCAGUUCGCCUCUACGAACUGCCAUCAUUUGCAGAGAGGGGUAGAUUAUUUGCAAAGAAAGAAGUUGGAUCAUUUGAGACAGGUCCUGGUGGACUAUUCUUCACCGGAGAUAGAACUGGUUUGCUGAUGGUCUGGAAAUGGUUGGAAGAGCCCAGAGUGGAAGCAGCAUCCUCUUGAUGACAGUUAUUUCCCUUUUGCUUUCUUACCCCCAACUACAUAACACUCUUGAUGUAAUGUUAACUGAUUCUUUUAGUUUUAGGCAGGAGGUCAAUUUAUUUCUUCCCUGAUCAUUCAACAAUAUUGACUGUAAAUGUUAGUAUGUAUAUAUAUAUUAAACAGAGCAAUUCCAAUUUCAAUUUUUGUUCUCUUCUGCAUUUAUGCUA